CGCUGUUGUUGCACAGUGCAGUGGACUACAGGGUGAAUCCUCAAUUCUCCCCUCUCUCCUCUUUGGUCAACGGUUCUGCACGCAGCUACUGAACUUGUACGCUUUUCGCCAACAGUUUCCACCUCAGAAAUCAGCAAUUCUCCAGAGGACGAUGCCACGCAGAUCCCUAUGUCGCAGAUGAGUGCUCUCUUUGCAGACACCUCUGGUGACAUGAAUGAUGUCCUUGACCAUCCUAUUGCUGGGAGUUCUGGUGCAAAUGAAGGCUCCACACCCCUGCCCAUGAUGGAACUGACUUCACCAGAGCGGAGAAUGACUGCUGACAGGCGGCGUGUGCGACGUGUUGGAGUGCUCGCUGACUUUGCGAAGGCCAUGGUGGAGCAGGGAGAGGUCGAGGCAAUGGAGAGGAGGCGCUUCGAGGAUAGGCGGGAAAGGGAGGUGGCGUCAUUCAUGCAGAGCCGCGCAGAGCAAAACAGGGAGCUGUCAUCGCUGAGGCUGGCCAUCGACAGGGGGAAUGACAUAAUGCAGACCCUUGUGACGGCUUUGCUGCAGCGCAUGGGCUCCUCGGGUGGCAGGGGUGCUGGGGGUUCAUUGGGCGCCUCUGCUCCUGCGGUCGCAUCACAAACCUUGCCUGCCCCAGCGUUUCAGCAGUGCCUGCCCACUUGUGAAAUUGCUGGCCCGGCUGCAAAUCUCAUUGGAGAUGCGGCAGAGGUGACUUAUCCCACUCUGGCUGAGGACACCGACUUGGAGUCCUGUGUGGGCGCCACGGCGCCCCUUCCAUCACAGGUGGAGGACCUGAUGAUGGUUGGGGAGACCUCUGAGCUGUGCUGCACUCAGGUGGCUUGCCAAGAAUCACAGCCAAUGCACAAACGCUUGAGGAAGCCCAAAGCAAGAAUGGACCUGUGAGGACCUCCCCCCCCUGUUAUUUCUCUGUCUGCCACCACCACGGGCAAGCCCCCCCCCCUUCUAUUACAUAGGUUAGCUAGCGAUGUGCGUUUAGGCAUCAGAGUUAAAUUUGUUUAAUAUUUUAAAACAGGCUACACAUGGCUGCCCUCUCAGGUAGGUUGCCAGGAGAGGAUGGUCAUGGAAAGCAGACAAUCCUCUGCUUUGCAGAGAUGUAACCAGCCAGCGACCCACC